UGCCUAGUGAAGCUGACAGCUCUGCUGGCUGAAGGAGCACCAGAUAGCAGGCAUGGAGCUGUCCCCACAGCACUUUCAUUUAAGAGGGAAGAUCUCAGCAAUAGCUUAAAGGAAAGAAAACAGAGAUCCAAAGCUGGUCAUAGUGGAGAAACAGCAGCAGCAACAGCAACCAAAGGUGGAGGGAGGGAAGAAGACAGUGGGGGCUGUAGUCCCUCGGUAGCAGAAAAGAAUAUAUUAGAGGAUACAAGGAGCUACAAACACAAGAUUUGCACUGAUCUGUCAGCAGCAGCAGCAGCUCUGCAUCAUUCUCCCUGGGCUCAUUCUCUUCAUACGGGGCUACUGCGCUACAUUUGGGUGCCAUGGGUAACAGUUUGUCCAGCAGCAUUCCCACAUUUCCCAGGGGAAGCCAGACAAGAUUACACAGAGUCCAUCAGCAGCACCACAUCAAAGACUCUAUAGGAGGGACAUUUCCAGCAUCAUCUCAUCGAUGUCAUCACAAGCAAAAGCACUGCAUGCCGAUGCCACAAUGUGGCAGAUUAGUCAUCAGCCCUCUCCUUUUCCACCCCCAUGCAAAGGGGUCCCAGAUUAUGAUGGACAACACACAGAAAGCAGUAAAGAGGCAGGCAAGCUUCUGCAACGCUAUCACUUUCAGCAACAGGCCAGUGGUUAUCCAUGAACAAGUCCGCCUUAAAAUAACCAAAAAACAAUGUUGUUGGAGUGGUGCACUCAGGCUUGGAUUCACGUCCAAAGAUCCAUCACGGAUUAAUCCCGACACAUUACCUAAGUAUGCCUGUCCUGACCUCGUCUCUCAAAGUGGAUUUUGGGCCAAGGCAUUACCAGAAGAGUUUGCUAAUGAAGGAAACAUCAUAGCCUUUUGGGUGGAUAAAAAGGGUCGAGUGUUUUAUCGGGUUAAUGAUUCUGGAGCCAUGCUGUUCUUCAGUGGAGUUCGGACUACAGAACCUCUUUGGGCUUUAAUUGAUGUUUAUGGGCUCACACGAGGUGUAGAGCUACUAGAUAGUGAGAUCAUCCCUCCAGAUUGUGUACGACCAAGAUCAUUUACUGCAAUACCUCGACCAUCUCUAAGAAGAGAAACUGAAGAUACCCGCUUGUCUGUCAGCCUGUGCGACCUGAACUUGCAAGAAGAAAACUUUCAGUCGAUGUCCACCAUGUGUCCUAUCCCACAAAACUCACUCAACUCUCAACAUUCCCAUCUGCUCCCAUCACAGCUGGAGAGUGAUCUACGAUUCCAUCAGCUUAGAGGGGCUCACAUCAAAACGUUAGAUGAUCAAACUGUGGCCAGGCUGGAGCAUGCCCGAGAAGAACGAACUUUAGUGUUCACCAACAGACCACUUCGAAUUAAUGAAACCAUAUUCGUCAAGAUAAACAAGUCCAACACUUCACGGUCUGGGACUCUAUCUUAUGGUGUGACAUCUUGUGAUCCCAGCACUUUGAGACCAAGUGACCUUCCUUAUAAUCCAGAGUCUUUGGUUGACAGAAAGGAGUUCUGGGCUGUAUGUAGGGUUCUGGUUCCUCUUCAGAGUGGGGACAUCUUGGGGUUUGUGAUAAACACAGAAGGUGAACUACAUUUAAGUCACAAUGGCAGUAGCACUGGAAUGCAAGUCUGCGUGGACUGUUCUCAACCAUUGUGGAUGUUUUUUGGUCUACAUGGGGCCAUUAUGCAAAUACGCAUAUUAGGCUCUACAAUAUCAUCUGACCAGCGAAACAUAUCAACACCAAGUUCUCCGACAUCUGUUCCAAACACCCCAACAGCCCUGUGCAGCGGCAGCUCUGACCCUGUGUUGAACACAUGUGUGCCAGGGCCUCUUUGUAAUUCCAUAAGUGGUACAGCUCCAAACUCUCCAGUGAGCAUGCCAGAGUCACCCAUUUCACCAUCUGUCUCAGGAACCUGGAACGAUGAGUGUACCAUCUGCUAUGAAAACAUGGUGGACACAGUCAUAUACUCCUGUGGACACAUGUGUUUGUGCUAUACAUGUGGCCUGAAACUCAAGAAAAUGAACAAUGCCUGCUGUCCCAUCUGCCGACGUCUCAUCAAGGACAUUAUAAAAACCUACCGCAGUAGUUAGUCAGCAUCUGGAAGAAGACAGUCACCUUUUCAGUUUACUUUUACUCCGGAGUUUAAAAAAAAUGUAAAGUUCUUGAGUAAGUCCAAGGCACUUACAACAUUGUCAACGUGACUGUAAAAGUCUGUAACAUUUCAACUCUGGAGCUCUGGAUUUAAGAAUUCUGAAACACAAGAUAUCAGGGAAGUAUAGUCUCGCAAUCAUCAUUCUUUAGUAGAACACAGAUAUAUCUCACAACUUUUAUACUAUUCUAUACUGAGAUCUGGAAGUAUCUCUGGAAAAAAGGAGUUUCUGCUUUGCAGCAAAGAAAAUCAAGAUUUUUGAAUAUCAAGCAAUACUUGCUAGUUUUAGGAAGUCAACAGAAUAUGAAACACAGAAAAUGUGGAAGUUGUGGUAGUUUGUCAAGAGACUUGAUUGUACAAUCAUACCUUUGUACUGUAGUUACGGAAAAUGAUUUGUUUUGCAAACGCUCAGUUGAAAGGUUUGAGCCAUAGUGGUCUGCCAAUGUUUCCAACUAAAUUAGGAUAAAAACAUUUGUAUGUUUUGGUUGUUUAUAUCAUCUACUAUUUUCCUCUUGAAAGCUGCAGUAGUAGAGUAGGCACCAUAUUGGGAUAAACCUUUUAAUACAACCCCCACCCCCUUCCCCAAGCUCACCAGUUGAUUCAUCUUCCUCCUUUUCCUGAGUGGUAAGCUGAAAUUCUUUAUACAGGUCCAAACUUCGGAAUGUGGUCAAAUGAAAACAGGUGCUUCUGGGGAAUAAAACUCUUAAGUAAUUGUUAUUUAUUCUGUAUUUUUUAUACAUGAGGUAUACUUUUUUCACAGUUUACUUCCAAUAAUUUAUAAAUAUAAUUUGUAAACUUAUGGCUAGGCAUGAAGAUAAAAUGCUGCUCCAGAGAUUACUGCUUCUGAUCUUUAAUGUUACGUGAAGAAAAUAUGCUCCAACAUUUUUUUAAAUGUAUUGUUUUUAUACGUUUUUGGUAAGCAAAGCCUUCAGUCGGUUAUGCUGGGAUAACCUAGUUGAGUAUUUCAAUGUCUGGAAAAAUGCUUUUUGGCUGAGCCUGCUAUAUGAUGGUAAGUCGGGGUUGACAAAUCUUGCCAUUGCUCUGAUGCCGGUACAAACAAAUAUGAGUGCUUCUACAGACAGUAACUCAGAAUUUCCUCUUUUAUACAAGAAGCAUAUUGAGGCAGAUACUAUUGCACUCUGUCAGAAAAUGUGGUCUGAUCAAGGCCAGAAUAUUAGGAAAGGGGGAAGGCAAAUCCCUUUUCAUUAUAAAUCGAAUUUGUGCCUUUAAACAACAGACAAAAUGCAGUUUCUAUUUAUUAACUGGUGACCGUGAACUGGGUCAGUUUUCAGAAUGGCAGCCUCCAAAUUGCAUAGGUGGCUGGAGGACUAUAAAGGCUACAUGAAGGCACAGGCUUUAGCCAACAUAUUAAGGCAAUGUGGAUGAUUUAUUUAUUUUUUGAAAGAAAAAAAAAAAA